UAGCUGUUCCUGCUAGGGUCGAGGUGGUGGUGACACCCUCACCAUCUCGAGAGAUGGCCCAAGCUACUGACUCCAACGUCGUCCCGCAAACACGUUCAGACCCAUCGAGCCUCUGUUCGAUGAAUGUGUUUGUAGAGGAGCUAGAGGAGUGGUCUAGAUCAGACCCGCUAGCUUCUUGGACGGCCCUAGUCAAAGCCCCGAAGGGUGAGAUGUUCGUCAGCGAGGUGGUCAUUGGGGGCCGCAAGGCCGGGGCCUAUUAUGACACUUGCUCGACUGGGAACUUUAUCAGUUGCGCGUGCGUUGAGAGGUUGCAUUUACAGGGGCGAGUGCAGCGCCUGAAUCGACCUGUGGAGUCGACCUGUGCCAACAAACAGCGCAUGGUAGUCAAUGACUACCUCCAGGAUGUUGAGUGUUGUUUCCCGUACGCGGGAGGGGAAUUGAGACAUCGCGUCUCGUUCCUAGUGAGCGAUGAACUCCCCAUGGACAUGUUGUUAGGUAUGCACUACCUCUCUGUGGCACAGCCCCAGUUUAACUUGGACCGAAAAGUGGUCAAACACACUUUGCCAGGUGGAGGGACCGCCAGAUUGCAUAAGUUUAAAGCUAGUAGUCUGAUUGAAUCCCAUGGAUGCAUGUGUGCGGCCACGUUCUAUAACUAUUAUAAGCAAAAUCAGGAGGAGGGUAUGUACUUAGUUUAUGUCUCUGCUGCAGGCAAGCCAGUGAAAAUGCCGCCGGAGAUAGAGGGAGUAGUUGCCAAGUACCCUGAUCUAUUUGAAGAGCCGACAGGGGUUGUAGAGAGGGAGGUCGUCCACGCGAUAGAGAUUAUCCCAGGGUCUAGUAUUCUGAAGGGUAGGAUCUAUCGGAUGUCUCCAGGCGAGCUCGACGAGCUUCGCCGACAACUCAAGGAACUCGUAGAGAAGGGUUGGAUCCGGCCGAGUGUCCCUCCUUAUGGACUCGAAGCGAAGGACAAAGUGACUUCUGCUGAGUUUGAGUUGGUCAACGGCUUGCUGUUCCUCGAGAAGGCUGGGAAUAAACGUUUGUGUGUCCCAAAUAACGAGUGUUUGCGUAGUCUGUUUUUAGGAGAGUGCCAUAAUGCCACCGGCCAUUUUGGAUACAAGAAGACCGCAGCGAAUCUGCUGCAGCGGUUCUGGUGGCCCACGAUGAUGCGAGAUGCCCAGCUGUACGUAGAGACUUGUCAAGUAUGUCAGAGGGACAAGCCACGUACGCAAGCUCCUCUUGGGCUCCUGAAGCCCCUUCCGAUUCCGGAAAGGCCUGGUGAGAGUUUGUCCAUGGACUUCAUGGAUACGCUGGUCACCAGCAAGAGUGGGAUGAGACACAUCUUCGUUAUCGUGGAUAGAUUUAUUAAGUAUGCUAGGUUAGUAGCAAUGCCGGAAACAGCAAGGACGGAGUAUGUGAUUAGAAUGUUCAAAGAGAACUGGGUUAGAGACUUUGGUUUACCAAAGUCUAUUAUUAGUGACAGGGAUGUUCGAUUUACCAGCGAAUUGUGGAAGGCCGCUGCUGCAGAGCAGGGAACCCAGUUGCAGAUGACUUCUGGGAAUCACCUGGAGGCCAACGGCCAGGCCGAGCAACUGAACCGCGUUGUACAACAUCUGUUGAGGCAUUACAUCAAGCCCAGCCAGGUGGAAUGGGAUGAGAAGCUUGCUCUCAUCGCCAGUUUGUACAACAAUGCGGUACACAGCGCCACCGGGACGAGCCCGAACAGUUUGCUAUUGACUUUCAAGCCCAGACUACCCUUAGAUUUUCUCUUUCCUGAGAAUCAGUCAACUUCUGCACCAGGUACUUUAGAAUUUGCUUACCGUUAUGAACAGAAGAUGCAGCAGGUUGUAGAACAGAUGCAAAAGGCACAGGCGGCUAUGAUAGAAUCUGUGAACAAACACCGCCGUGAGUCUUCAUUUCAGGUUGGGGAUAGAGUCUGGGUUAAGUCCUCAGAACUGGGACAGGAGCACGGGAUCUCCCGCAAGCUCAUGCCACAAUACUUUGGACCAUGGGAAGUCUUAGAUAUUGUUGGGACUGAUCCAGAUGGACCUUCUUACGUAGUCCGGAUCCCUGGUCAUCUCCGUACUUACCCUGUCUUUCACGCCUCCAAGCUUGCACCAUUCAAAGAAACAAAUCAGUUUCCAUCUUGCCACUCAAUGUUGGCCCCAACCAUGGACGGAGAGGUGGAUAUCGAUGACAUCGUUGACCACAGGGAGCUGCCAGUGGCCAGACCAACAGGCAGGGGACGCCCUUUGAAACCGAAGCUGCAGUACCGCGUUCGGUUUCGGCAUCACAUUGAUCCGAAGGAGGACCGCUGGUUCACCAGCGAGGAACUCAUGCAGACCGCUCCUCAAGUUGUAGCCCAUUACGAGAGAUCUCUGCAGAAGGGAAAGCGCCCAAUGAUUGAAGACUGAGCUUCUCAGAGGACUGUUGAAGCUAAGGAGGAGGGAAUGCGAGGCCAAUGCCUCUAUGAGCCCCUUUAUGGCCCCAUUC